AUGCAGGACAGGUCUGGAUCAGUUACAACAGAGAUUCUUAGUCAGGCACAAGGCAUCUCUGAAGGAGUACCAAUGCCUGAACUUAUUCUAGUGGCGGCAUGGUAUCUCUGGUGGCAGAGGCGUCAACAUGUGAAGGGGGAGGAGAUCCAAACAGCAGAAAAAACAGCAAUAUCAAUUCGAGUGCUAGCGACCAAUUUUACACGAGCAUACUCCAGCAAGUACUCAGAAAGGAAGCAAGACCAAAUGUGGAAGAGGCCGGCAAAUGAUGUGGUAAAAGUUAAUGUUGAUGCUGCGUUCCAGGCUGAUUCUCUUUCAGGAGCAACAGGAGCUGUUGCACGCGACCACCGAGGGAACUUUAUAGCAGCAGCUACUUGGUAUCUCCCUCAGGUCUUGAGUGUUGAUGCAGCUGAAACUGUGGCAAUUCGCAAUGGUCUUUAUCUAGCCGGCAGGAUUGGAUGCAACAAAGUUCAAGUUGAAUCGGAUAGCAGUUUUGUGGUGGAAUCAGUGCAGAAUCAAGAUUAUACCGGAUCAAAUACAGCCACGAUACUGGAAUGUAGAGAGCUUGCUCUCGACUUUGCCAAUGCAGAAUACUCCCAUUGUUUUCGUGAAGCUAAUGAGGCAGCUCAUAUCUUAGCUAGCCACUCUUUUAGCAAUAGAUCUUCCUCCUUUUGGGAAGCUAAUAUCCCAGACUUUAUUUCUCAAGCUAUUGUAAAUGAUAUGUCUUUGAUGUGA